AUGGCUACAAAGUGCGAUUCAAGUAGGGAUGUAAUAAGUGAACUGCCAACAGACGUUAAGGAAAGAAUUUUGGCGAGGUUACCCACUCGACAAGCUGCAAGAACUGCUAUACUCUCGACUGGGUGGAGGGACGUUUGGUUGGGGCUGGGGCAGAUUGUGGUUGAUUCGGACUUGUUACAGUGUGUCCGAAGAUGCGAAGGUGAUAGAAGCGUAGCUUUUGUGAACAUGAUAAAUGAUAUUCUCUUGUGCCAUCCUGGACCUGUUAAGAAAUUUACUCUAUGCCCUUACUUAUCAGGUUUUAAGCUGAAACAGUCUGAUUUUGAUCGAUGCGCGAAGCAGUUUACUAUUGCUUUGCAAUUGCUUAAAAAUUCCACCAACCUAUGUGAGCUGGAGGUUAAAGCAUCAUAUUGGACAUUUUUAUCUGAUGGCAUAAGACUUCCGGAGGAUUGCGGUUGUAUUAUUGAUCAAGAUCUAAAGAUGCUUCACACACUAAAGAUUGAAUCAUUUACGGGAUCCACAGUGGAAAUGUUUUUUGUGAAAAUGUUGCUCUUUAAAUCCCCUGUCUUAGAAAAAGUUGUUAUUCAAGGAUCAAAUGAUCUCAAUCCCUCCAUGGCUCUCAAAAUUUCAAAAGAGUUGUUGCGUUUUCCUCGUGCAUCUCCAAAAGCAGAAGUUGUCUACAUGGACUAUCACCUUGGGUAUGGAGUACGUGAUUGGCUCCAUUGCAUGGUUUAA